AUGUCCUUGGUAGUUGUAGCUGGUGUCUUGCUUCUCAGUGGAUCCUGUGUCUUUGCACUGCCUAUUGCAGACUCCAUGUACAAACCAGAAAAGGUAAAAUACAGGUCAGUGAUUUCAAACGCUGACCUUACAAGGUCGUUGCAGAAUGUAGAUUAUGAGUCUAAUGAGGAAAAUCAGGCUUUAAAUCUGGAUGAAUUGCAAAACUUGGACAAUAACUUUCUCCUGUGGAACCCACCAGCUGUGAUGCCCAGGACCAGCCUCUAUGAUGCCGUUAGAGAUCUAGAAGCUGCUGAACAACUUAAAAAUGAUCUGAGGGAAAUCAGUGACAAUGACUCAGGAGAUCUGAAAGAGAUAUUGUACGGAAGGAAGGCACAGCCAAAACCAGGCCGCCUUUUCAUUGGAAAAGGCAGGAGACAGUACAAGAAACGUAACAACUUCUCAGAUUGCUUCUGGAAAUACUGCGUUUGAUAUCAGCUGCCCGCUGCCCAGACUUUGAAAAACUUUAACUCUUCCUCUCGUGGUUAUUUUUAAAUAGAU